UGUGUGUGUGUGUGUGUGUGUGUGUAGACAGGGUGUUAGAUUAGGGUGUGUGUUGAAGGUCCAGCUCCUCCUCUCUGACUAUAAGACACACACACUCAAACACGUCUUUCAGUGGAAGACGAAACACAGCGUAUGCAGCCGUCAUGACACACACUCGACAUGGAGUCACACCUGUGCUACAGGUGCUGUGUUGGAGGAGUGUGUGCAUUUUGUUCACACUGUUGGUGUGUGUGCUGCUGCCUGAACUCACUCUAUCAGCAAAACCUCGGUGUGGAGUGGAGCUCAUCGCUGAUCUACAGUUUGUGUGUGGAGAUCGAGGAUUUUACAGAGGUCAUCCUGGAGCAGUGAGGAGUGCAGGUCCACGGCGCAGGGCUAAAGGAAUCGUGGAGCAGUGUUGUGUUCGAGGAUGCGACCUGCAGUACCUGGAACAUUACUGUGCCAAACCCAAGCGGGAGCGACGACACACACCACACACGGCACACACACCACACACAGCGCUCUCGCCACACACCGAGGAUUCGUCCUGGAUGAUGUUCCUCAGAGGAUACGAGAUGAACCAGUUUAAAAACACACCAGAGAAAUUCCUGGAAAAGCUGAAGGAGCGAGCGCUGUACCGGAGGAGGCUCGCACUCAUCUCACUGCAGUCUGUGAGAAAAAAUAUCCCCAAAUCGACUCGACGCUUAAAGCAACAGAAGAAAUGACAUGAAUGAAAACCUUUUGAGAGAACAAGGUCACAUCACGUUACUUUAGCAUGGAUUAGAAAUGAAUAUUAAUGAAGUUCAUUUAAAUGAACUCGGUGGAUAUUAAUCGCUAAUCAUGCUAAUGCUAAUAUUUAUCCUAUGUGGCCUUUAUUUUGUGUUUAAUCACAUACAGUAACAAGUGGCACAGUUUUUUUUUUCUUCAAAUGAAUGUUAAUAGUGAAAAUAUUAAUGUGCUAAUGCUAAUUGAUGAAACCAUGUUUGGGUUCUAAGUUUUUAUAUUGUGUUUGAAACUGCACUCCAGAAAGCAAGCGCACAAGCAUGAGUGUGGAAUUCGUGGAACAAUAAGAAACUCACGCAAACAAAUAUUACGUCGGUAUUCUGUGAUCGCGUACGUCAUCAGCCGCGUUGCACUAAUUGCACACAAGUGCUAGCAUCUCAACAAAUUUAGACAAAAAAAAUAAAUCUAGCAUCGAUAGCCAACUGACCAAACUGUUGCUAGCUGAAUGUAAACCUGAUGGUAAAUGUGUCAUAAAUGUGGAGUGAACGUGCCUUAAACACCGCUUUGUCUUUAAAACCAGGGCACAGCCGUGAGGACGGAGGGAAUACGAACUGUAGGUGUUUAUAAAAGUGCAGCUUUCAUUUGCUUAAAAGUUGAAACACAACAAAUGUGUUGAGUUAGUGAGGUGUGACUGUGAUAAGAAGGAGAAUGUUCAGGGGAAGUGGUUCGCUUUAUAGAAAUCUGGUCAGAACUCACAAUGAUGCACUUUUAUAAGCUGUUUUUUGUUUGUUUGUUUGUUUGUUUGUUUUAAUGUUGGCUGCUAGGUGGUGUUUCUGACUCAGAUGUACAGCUGGUUGCCAUGGUUUCACAGCAACAUUCAAUUAAACAUCUGGAUCUGGGAAAUUAGAAUUUAACAUACAAAUUAAUUUGCUUAAAACGAAUGGCACAAAAGUUACAAAUUAGGUUUAUUAACUGUUUACUCUCCAAAAUGCUGCUGAGUUCUGGACUCUGAUUGGUGUUCAGGUGUCUGACUGUAGCUCUGAUUUAUAUUAAUGACUCGCUCUGAUACCUUAUCGUUUCCAUAGUAACAGGUCAAAAUCAACUUCAGACGAAUCAGUAAAUGAUUAUUGAUCAAUUGUCCUGUAAACAUCGCAAACACAUCAAAGUAAAAAUGCAGAAUCCUGUUAACGUUACUGCUACGUACAGCCCCGCCCCUUUUCAGCUGCAGGCUCCACCCACUCUAACAGCUCUCUCUGUAAAUGAGUGAAUGGUGAAACUGUCCAGUGCAUCACAAUGAAUUUUUAUUUUUCUCAGAACAAACGUCUUCACUAACAGAAGUCAGAUAUGUUAACCUUCAGAAUGCUGUGGUGUUGAUUUGUGACGCACAUUUCAGACUGUAUUAGUGAAUGUUUUUCACUGACAUGUUUGCACAUUUAUUAUUCUAAAUUAUAAACCUUUUGUAUCUUUUUAUCUUUGACAAA